GGUUUCUUGUGAUUUGGGAAGGUGUCAAAGGUGUUAUGCCCUCGAGUUCUGAAGUUCUGGCUGAUGUGGUAAGAGAAAGUCGGAUUGAAGAGUGGAAGAGCAGCCACUUCAUAAGAAUGUCUUCCAAGCAAGCCACCUCUCCAUUUGCUUGUGCAGCUGAUGGAGAGGAAGCGAUGACCCAAGAUUUGACCUCAAGGGAAAAGGAAGAGGGCAGUGAUCAACAUGUGGCCUCCCAUCUUCCUCUGCACCCCAUAAUGCACAACAAACCUCACCCUGAGGAGCUACCAACACUUGUCAAUACCAUUCAGCAAGAUGCUGACUGGGACAGCGUUCUGUCGUCUCAACAAAGAAUGGAGUCAGAGAAUAAUAAGUUAUGUUCCCUAUAUUCCUUCCGAAAUACCUCUACCUCACCACAUAAGCCUGACGAAGGGAGUCGGGACCGCGAAAUAAUGACCAGUGUUACUUUUGGAACCCCAGAACGCCGCAAAGGAAGUCUUGCCGAUGUGGUGGACACACUGAAACAGAAAAAGCUUGAGGAAAUGACUCGGACUGAACAAGAGGAUUCCUCCUGUAUGGAAAAACUACUUUCAAAAGAUUGGAAGGAAAAAAUGGAAAGACUAAAUACCAGUGAACUUCUUGGAGAAAUCAAAGGUACACCUGAGAGUCUGGCAGAAAAAGAACGACAGCUCUCCACCAUGAUUACCCAGCUGAUCAGUUUACGGGAGCAGCUCUUGGCAGCGCACGAUGAACAGAAAAAACUGGCAGCCUCACAAAUUGAGAAACAACGGCAGCAAAUGGACCUUGCUCGCCAACAGCAAGAACAGAUUGCAAGACAACAGCAGCAACUUCUGCAACAGCAGCACAAAAUUAAUCUCCUGCAGCAACAGAUCCAGGUUCAGGGUCACAUGCCUCCGCUCAUGAUCCCAAUUUUUCCACAUGACCAGCGGACCCUGGCAGCAGCUGCUGCAGCCCAACAGGGAUUCCUCUUCCCCCCUGGAAUAACAUACAAACCAGGUGAUAACUACCCCGUACAGUUCAUUCCAUCAACAAUGGCAGCUGCUGCUGCUUCUGGACUCAGCCCUUUACAGCUCCAGAAGGGUCAUGUCUCCCACCCACAAAUUAACCCAAGGCUAAAGGGCCUAAGUGACCGUUUUGGCAGGAGUUUGGACACCUUUGAACAUGGUGGUGGCCAUUCUUACAACCACAAACAGAUUGAGCAGCUCUAUGCCGCUCAGCUGGCCAGCAUGCAGGUGUCACCUGGAGCAAAGAUGCCAUCAACUCCACAGCCACCAAACACAGCAGGGGCAGUCUCACCUACUGGGAUAAAAAAUGAAAAGAGAGGGACCAGCCCUGUAACUCAAGUUAAGGAUGAAGCAGCAGCACAGCCGCUGAAUCUCUCAUCCCGACCCAAGACAGCUGAGCCUGUAAAGUCCCCAACAUCUCCCACCCAGAGCCUCUUCCCACCUAGCAAAACCAGCCCUAUAAAUCUGCCAAACAAAAGCAGCAUCCCCAGCCCCAUUGGCGGAAGCUUGGGAAGAGGAUCCUCAUUAGAUAUCCUAUCCAGUCUCAACUCCCCUGCCCUAUUUGGGGAUCAGGACACAGUGAUGAAAGCUAUUCAGGAGGCUCGGAAGAUGCGAGAACAGAUCCAGCGGGAGCAGCAGCAGCAGCAGCCACAUGGUGUUGAUGGGAAACUGUCCUCCAUGAAUAAUAUGGGGCUGAACAACUGCAGGAAUGAAAAGGAAAGAACACGCUUUGAGAAUUUGGGGCCCCAGUUAACAGGAAAAUCAAGUGAAGAUGGAAAGCUGGGCCCAGGUGUCAUCGACCUUACUCGGCCAGAAGAUGCAGAGGGAAGUAAAGCAAUGAAUGGCUCUGCAGCUAAACUACAGCAGUAUUAUUGUUGGCCAACAGGAGGUGCCACUGUGGCUGAAGCACGAGUCUACAGGGAUGCCCGGGGCCGGGCCAGCAGCGAGCCACACAUCAAGCGACCAAUGAAUGCAUUCAUGGUUUGGGCAAAGGAUGAAAGGAGGAAAAUCCUUCAGGCCUUCCCUGACAUGCAUAACUCCAACAUUAGCAAAAUCUUAGGGUCUCGCUGGAAAUCUAUGUCCAACCAAGAGAAACAACCUUAUUAUGAAGAGCAGGCCCGGCUAAGCAAGAUCCACUUAGAGAAGUACCCAAACUAUAAAUACAAACCUCGACCGAAACGCACCUGCAUUGUCGAUGGCAAAAAGCUCCGGAUUGGGGAGUAUAAACAACUGAUGAGGUCUCGAAGACAGGAGAUGAGGCAGUUCUUUACUGUGGGGCAACAGCCUCAGAUUCCAAUCACCACAGGAACAGGUGUUGUGUAUCCUGGUGCUAUUACUAUGGCAACGACCACACCAUCACCUCAGAUGACAUCUGACUGCUCUAGCACCUCUGCCAGCCCAGAGCCCAGCCUCCCAGUCAUCCAGAGCACUUAUGGUAUGAAGACAGAUGGUGGAAGCCUAGCUGGAAAUGAAAUGAUUAAUGGAGAGGAUGAAAUGGAAAUGUAUGACGACUAUGAAGAUGAUCCCAAAUCAGACUAUAGCAGCGAAAACGAAGCCCCGGAGGCUGUCAGUGCCAACUGACCAGUGUUUGUUUGCUGAAUUAAAAUACUCUGACAUUUCACCUCCCCUCCCCAACAAAAGUUCUUAAAGAGCCCGCAUGCAUUUGUGGCUCCACAAUUACAUCAGCAGAAUGGUCUUAAUUGUUUCGUAAAGUGUGAGACAGAUUAAGUUUUCCCUGAUUUUUCAUGAACUUGAGUUUUUGUCGUUAUUGUUAUUGUUGUUGUUGUUGUUUUUUUAAUUUAGGUGAAGACAUAUUAAAUAUGAGACACCAGGACUUGAAAACUUAUCUCAACCCAUAGCUGUCUUACAAGUCUUAUAUUUUUGUCUUACUUUUUUUCUUUUGGAUGUUGAUAAAGGUUUAAGUUACUGUUUUAGAUGGGGUUAAACAUUCUCACUCAGGUAUGCUGUGCCGGCCUACAGGUUGUGAAUGUGUUUUUAUUCUGAAUUAUUUUAGAAAACAGCUGAGGAUUUCAUAUUGUGAAACAGAACAAGUCCAUGGCGUGUGCAGCUGCAUGUAGAUCAUAUUCGAAAGGCCUCAGAAUUCCAUUUUUCCAUGUGUAGAGUUAAACUUUGAAUGUGCCAAACUUUUUCAUAACUUUUGAAUCUUAAUAUUUGAAAGUCUUAAAGGAGACACUGCAAAGUCUUAGACAAUCUUUGGCAUCUUAAAAUAAAAUAGCAAAAACCAUACAUUUUUUUUUCCAGAAAAUGGUAAAGUACUCAGGAAUCUGGAGACAAGAUAUUGUAAGGAAUGAACAAGGUUGCCACAGUGCGUGCACCCAGCUGUGUUUGCCUCUUGAUGUGCCAUCAGUGCGUGCCGCACACCACAGUGAUCACCACACCAGACACCGACACGGUGGUCUUCUCUGCCUGAGACCACCUCUCACUACAUCCACUCUCCCUUAGCCUUUUACCCUGACAUUCAGUCUUAACACAUUUUCUCUUAAGUAAUUUAUUCAUUCCAGAAUGUCAAGGGUCCACUUGCUAUUUAUUUAAAAAAAAAAAUGUUGGUGGCAUUAAUUUAAUAAUUCUUUGUUUUUUCACCCUCCUUCCCCGAAGAACUUUUCAGUCCUUUUUACCUCCUUCUCCUGCUAGAUACAAAAGAUGUACAUAGUGAUUUUAUGUCCCCAGAGCAUCUGGAAGCAUUUCUGAAACAAGAUACUAUUACAUACCUAUAUUGUUUUUUUAAACAUGAGUAUCUGACUGUGGGGCUAUGUACUGGAUACAGGUGUAGAGUAUUACAUUUCAACAGGUGAACCCCUGAGUUUUGCCAUGACCGUAAAUCUUUUGCCAGAAUUUCCCCCUAAUUCAGUUCAGCAACAAGUGGUAGGAUCUGCAUCAGUGGCAUUUUCCCUGAAUGCCAUUCAGCAGCAAGGGUCAACAGUGGUGACUGCCAGGCAGGAGAGUUCCGCGGCCAAACCUAAAGCCCAAGGCUGUGGGCCAUGGAGGAGGCUACAAGGAUGCUGUCAUGGGCUGGCACCUUUACACUGGGUUGCCUUGUCCCAUCUGGCACAUCUAGGGAGUUCUUUGUAAAAUCUCCAGGAUGUAAGAAGCCACAUGCCAGCCUCAAAGCAAAGAUAGAGGUAAUCAUGAUAUAUCCAGAGAAUGAAACUAUAUAUAUAUAUAUAUAUAUAUAUAUAUAUAUAUUUAUGUAUAGGGAAGGAGAAGGAGGAGAAGGAUAUUCCCUAUAUAGAAUGUUCCCACUGUUUCUUCUGGGGAACAGAUCACUCCUGGGCAGCAGAUGAGUACUUCUGGCUCACUCUCUCCAUCUGUGGCUGUUGGGGGAAUAUACCUCCAUGUGAGCAAGAUAACUGCCCUUCUCACACAAGGAUUUCUCUGGAGAUAUGCUGGUGGGCUUGGAGGCAGUGGGGGUUUAUGCUCCAUGUCCUAACUACAGGAGCUUGGCCGUGCCAUUUGGACCUUCCUGAACCUAGGACUGAUUGCCUAUGGGGGCCUCACCCAGAGUGGCUCAAUGGGAGAAUGUUAGCAAAUGGGACAGUUCACCUCAAGGAACAACCCAGAAUCUGGUCACCAAGACAUAGGAAUGGCCCCAUCGGAUUUCUUGAGCCAUUUUGUCAGUUGGAAGAAAAUAGUGUACCUUCAUAUUUAUUAAAAGAGUGCUCAAGGCAAGGCCCUACCUAAUAGCAAUAAGGAGGUCUUGCCGAAAUCUUCCUGGCUAUGGCAUUAGCUGGGAGUGCUCUCUGUAAGCUGAUUAAGGUACUGAUAGGAAUGUUUUAUGCUUAAUAUUGGUUGGGGAUUGGAACUUUGUUUUUGUACAUUUAUUUCAAAUGAGGAGGAGGUCAUUUUUUCUCAAAAAAUGAGUAUUUAUUAUUGUCUUACUGAUUUCUUUUGAUUAUAUACCUCUCCUCCUCAGCUAGUUCUCGUGUUUUUUCCCUUCCUCUUUGACUUUUGCUUUUGCCCCUUCCCACUCCGUUUUUAUUUUGUUGCAUAGAUAGAGUGCUGUAUGGCUAGCAUUGUAUUGUAUGUAAUUAAUUUUGCACAAAGGCAAACAUUUAGAAUAGUAGUUUAAUUUUGUUUGUUUUUAUGACCAUGCCAAAAUAAUAUUCUGGGCUGGUGGAGAACAAAGGACUGUUCUUUAGGACUGAAACUUGAUUUUGCUUGUAGUAAAAAACAAAACAAAACAAAAAAAUCAACAAAACACACACACUCACAGAUGUUGUUUCGUAAGUGUUAUAAGCACUGGAUAGAAAUGGUAUUUUUUAUCACUUCUGACUAAUGUGAAACUGUUGUACGAAAACUACAUGAACAAAAGUCAUCUGUUUCGACUCGUGUGGGCUUGCCUCACAGUUGCCGGAUUUGAGUCAUUUUUAUGUCUUGUUAUUUCAUUUAUUUAUGCAAAAUACAUGUGUGUAUGAACACUUUGUUUUAGCUCCAGCUCUGCCUCAGUACUGGGGUUCAGUUACUCUAGCCACGUUCUUAAAAAUGAAAGGCUAUUCAGGAAUGAUGUGAUUGUAAACAUUUCUUUCAUUGGGUCAAACAGCGAUGCUGUAUUUGAAUCUAAAUUCUGUGCAUAAGCAGUUUAUUUAUUAGCCAAGUUUGGCUCUAAAUAUCCAUGGAAAUUAAAAGUGACAAUCAUAGGGAUCACUUCAUUUUAUUUUCAGUGGGGCUUAAACAAAGUUUUUUAUGACUUUACCAUCUCAUUUUAGAUUUUUCUAAUUGUGUAAAUAUAACAUAGAAAUAGAAUUUAUUUUUGGUUCAUGAGUACUUAGAUCUAAGUUAUGUAUUUCCUCUUUGUUCUCUAUCCAUCUAUGUUGGUCCAGAUUAGAAGUUGACAAGUCACAGGACCUCACGGGGUUAGUGAAUUAUCAGCUGCAGUGAGAGCGCAGUGUUCCACCAGUAGCCAAGGCAGUGGAACCCACUGUCCACAGACUCAGACUUCAACCUUUUAUUUCUUAUAGAAAGUUGAUGGAUCGAGCACAGUGAAUUUCCAGUACAGCUGGAAGAGUCCAUUUGCUUUGUGAAUCCACAUAAAUUUAGGUAGUUCUGUGACUAUUUAACAGCAAGAAACAUGACUGCCAUUAUAAAGGCAAAACUCUGUCUCUGAGAGUGAUCGCUAAUAAAACCUCCACCAAGCCAAUUAGAUGAAAGAUUCUCAACUUGUUUUCAGUGUUCCCUAUUUCAUAAUGUCUUCAAAUCCAAGACCGAGAUUAUCUCCAUUUUGUUAGGGACACUGACAGACAAUCCUCUCCAAAAUAAAAUAAAAUGAAAUAAAAUAAAAAAGUAAAAGGAACCCCAUAUGGGAUAAUAUAAAAGAAAGAAAGAAAAAAAGAAAAGAAAGGGAGGAAGAGAGAGAGAAAGGAAAGGUCACUCUUUGGACAGAGAACAGUCAGGCAGGCGGUUUCUCUAUUUCACUGGCAGAGGUGAUGCAGUAUCUUUUCCAGGAAGGUACCAUAGCUUUGUUGUUUUCACACGUAUCCAGCACAACCUUUUAGGAGCACAUCAGUUCGCUUCGUUUGGUAUUUGAUACUCCCCAGUCUUGUCCUCAGGCCUGAUUUGAUUUGCCAGGGUCCUGAUACCAACUGCCAUGCCAAGUUCUAAAUUCAGGUGUGGGCUCACAGUGCUAUUGAGCUUGUCAAAUUCUGGCCUCCCCUGAACAUUAGCCCCACUGGAGCCUGGGGUGUUUGAAAAGGGUGUGAUCCCGCUAGGGCUGAAAUUAAAAGCGCCUUUCUUUUCCUUAUGAAGCUAGGCAACCUCUUCGGAGCACGGCCUCCAGGGCCAGGCUGGCAGGGCGCUAGCUGAAAGCAAGGAUUGUUUCUAGGAAGCCCAUCUACCCCAAGGAGAAAGGGAGCCUGGUCACUUAAACAUCAUAGUUGAGGCUGCAUUUUACCAUUUACUCAUUUUGCAAAGAGGUGACCUCUACCUACUCAUUCACUAGGACAGGAAAAAGAAUCAAUUAGUAGUUUUAAACCACAUGAGAAGUCUUGUACAAAGUGCCAACCACUGCGGAGAAUGCAGCUAGAGGAAUGUAUUGAAAUAAUCACCGGGUCUUCCUUUUUAAUGAGAAAAGGACAAAAAUGGUUGCUGUAGCCUUGCCUGAUUUUGUACAUGUUUGUCUAAGGACUGAGUUGGCACUUAAGCUCACUUCUCAAAGUAUAAUAAUAUUGUAUGACCUCAUUUGUCCUUUUACAAAAGCACUUGCAUCAUUUCCUUAAGUCAUCUGCCCCCUGACAUGUUUUCUUCCUUAAUAAACAACUUCUAUCUGUUAUUCCUGCCGAUGAUGUUCUGUUUCUGAUGCCAUAAACUAUUGAGCAUAACCCUCUGCUAAUAUCCUUGAAGAUAUUGAUAUGCAAACACAUUUCCUUAUCUUACCCAUCCUAUCUUUUCCUCUGGGGACAGAUUGUUUUCCAAAAGCUCAUGGACAAGUACGGAUCUGGAAUGUUGGUACCUUUGGGGCAGGACUAGAAGUGGGUGGGGCGGGCAGAAAGGUAAUGCUUAGUGCAGACGCUCUUCUAGUGGGUGUCCGUGGCAAUAUGAAAGCUUGAAGGCCACUCAGUGACAUGUCUUGCUCAGUAGUUUCUUAUUCCUGAAGAACCACAGGCAUAAAGUGAGGCCUCAGUGCUGGUGCUCUUGGAGUAUGGGGAAUGUGCAAAUAUUUAACUGUUUUUGUAUGCUGCACAUUGCAGAUCUGCUCAUGUGCAUUCUCCGUUUGUCUUCCUUUGUCAUAUGUGUUUUUGCUUUCUUGAAAGUGCAGUCUUUAUUGUACCCUUCUCCAGCUGGUAGCAAAGUAGAAUGCUUAGCAUUUAUGUUCAUUCAUUAUUGUAUUUGCCAUGUAAAAUUUUUAUUACCUUAGACAAGCUUAUAAGCUGUUACUACAUAACUUAUCUUACUGUAACUUUUAUUUCCAGACAUUGUAAUUUGUUUGUGAUGUAUAUUGUGAGAUUGUAUUCUAUGUUAAUUUAAUCAGCACAAUUCACUGACAUGCUGGACUGACAUGCUGGCUGCUGUUUCAAAAUGUAAAGUUUGUGUAGGGCUGUUGGGACAACUGCAACUCUGUUGUCAAGGUGCUGUGCUUUGAUUCCUCAAGCAACACUGCGGGUGUGGCCCUCGAGAAAGGAAGGGCACUUCGCACACCCUCCAGCAAAUUUUAACUGCAGAUUUUCUUUGUAGAAAUUCUAUGUAUAACGCAGGUACCUACUUGGCCCAUGGCUGGUAACUAUUUGGUCAAUUAGAAAAAAAAACAAAAACAAAAACCAUAAAAACUAGUGUCUAUUGCUGCUUUGAAUAUGUUUGAAAGUCUGAAAAUGUAAAUAGUUUAUCAAAAAAAAAAAUCUUGUACAGUCCAGUGUAAAGUUUUUAAAUGACCUUAAGGGUUGCCAUCACAUCUUUCUCACACUCUCCUCUUGAUAACAAGAAAAAAAAGUUUGCUAAGGAUGAAAGAAAUGGGGAAAAAAAGGAUCUCUUCAAAUUCCAAGGAAUGAAUCACCGCUCUGAGCUGUGUUGCAUACACGAACUUCUUGGAUUUUCUUGUGCAGUAUUGACGUGAGAUAAAACGCAACAUUGAAUAAUCUUUCAGUGGUACUUUUCAAAGUCUUCCCCUCCUCUGCCUCAUAAUUAAGGGAAAAGACAAAACUGAAAGACACACUGUCUUUAUCUAUCCUGGUGUAUGUUGGCACCUUAGCUACUUUUUUUUUCCUUUUUGCACAAGGUGCUUUCCUGAUAUGUUAAACCUGCCAUCUUUGGGUGAUAAUGUAUAUGCCAUGAUGGGGCGUGGGCCCCUCAGGGGAGUGUCUAUAAGAACUGCCUAUUUAUGCUCAUUUACCUCAAGACUGUCCUCUCUACCCUUAAUCUAGUCGUCAUCACUCCAUCUUUUGUACUGCUGUUGACACUUACAAAUUAAAGAUAAAUUUUGU